UAUAUGUUUUUUCAUAUACACAAAAUAUCUAAUCAUUUAUAACCAAUGUCAGGUUUUUAUUUCGAUUCAAUUUAAUUCAUUCAUUUAUUUAUGUGUAUAAUAAUAAUUGCUCAUAGUUAACUUGUGGUCGCAAUGAAUUAUAACAACAACGAUAAGGCGACAGAAAAAAAAUGAACCUUAUUCAGUAUAUAUCGGUUCCGAAUUCUGGCCACACACAUACAUGUGUGUAAUGUAUAUUUUGUCAAAUAUAAAUGAAAUAAAAUGGAAUAUAUACCAGAAAAGAAUAUGGCAAGCAAAGAAGAAUAUGAACAAGUAAAAAUUGAUCUAAAUUAUUGACUUUAUUAUUAUAUAUUGGAAAACAACCAUAAAAGAAACGGCCAUACACUCUAAACUUUUUUCCUCGAACGAAAAGCCAAAAGCAAUAAUAAUCAUUAUUAUAAUAAAAUGAAAUGUCGACUUUUUCUCACUAUUCGAAUCAUUCAUUAUUGGUCGCUUCAAUUUAUUUGGUGUUGAUAAUUGUGGUGGUCGUGGUCGUUGUUGUGAUAGUGAUAUAUCAGAUAUUCUAUAUUUGGUUUUAUCUGUUGAAGAAGAAAACAAGGAAGCAGAAGAAAUUGAACCUGAUUGUGCGCUUAAAUUUUAAAAAAUUAUAUAUUUCAUCAUCAUCAUAACAUCUUUUUCGUAUAAACACACGGGUUAUAUAUUUUGUUCAGGAAUCUAUCCAACUUGACGAUACAAUCGUAAUCAUCAUUUUGGUAGUAGCAGUAUCAGUAAUAGUAGAAUAAAAAUUUGGUACUUUUCUGGAACACACACACACAUUUCUGGUACAUGUCGAAUUCCAUCGAUAUAUUUGGCGCUAGUCACGUUCACUAUUUGUUUCCCACUAAAUGACCCAAAUAUGAUGAACUUUAUUGAAGAGAACGACAACAACAACAAGAAAUAUCCAGAAUGAAGAAGUGGUUCAACAUGGUAUUUUCCGAAAAGUGUGUGUGUCUCACCCCUUACUAUUCAGCUUUACAUAAUCGUUUUUCUAUUGUGGGCUAUUCAAUGCAUGAAUUGAGGAAGUUUUUUUGUUCCUGUAUAUACUUUUAUGGAUUGAAGCAAAUAUUGAUGCUGUAACAAAAAAAAGAAAAGAAUCGGAAGAAAGAAUGGAAGAAUAAUUUCUGGUUGAUUGUUUACCUUCCUGAUUAAAUGAGCAAUUUAUAUUAUGCAUAUACACAAUAUAAUAAAAGAAAAAAUCUCGAUCAAAUCAUCAUUAUCAUCACACGGUUUGUUUUGUUGUUUUUUUGUUGCAGCUGGAUCGAACCAGAUUUGUGAUUGAAUCAUAGUGCUUUUUUCCUCCAAUUCUGAUUCUGACGAUUCGAUGUAUAUCAAUUCUCAAAUAAUGAGGUUAACAAAACAAUAGCUAGAAUCUAAUAAAAAUAAUGGUCAAAUCAUCAUCAACAGCAACAACCGUAUCAUCAUCAUCAUCACCACAGAAUAUGAUGGCUGUAGCAACAACAAUCUCUUCAACGACAACGGCAACAACAACAACAACAACAACGAUGAAUAAAUCUAAUUUAGUUGAUCACUCUAAGAAAUUAUCGUCAUCAUUAUCAUCUACAACAACAAGAUUGACGCCAUCACCAUCAUCAUGGAGGCAUUUUUUCUACAUACUUGGCAUUUAUCGUUAUGUUUUACUUUGUUUAUUAUUCGGUUGUAUGAGUUUGAUUAUUGGCGUGGCACUUUUUUUACUUGGCAUUUUAUUUCGUUCGAAUACAACGUCCAUUCAUCUUAUCGAAUCGGUACCAUUAUAUAUGCCAUCAUUGAUUCUAUUCUGUAAUGGAUUAUCGUUGGUUGCAUUUAUGAACAAAAAUACAAGACGAUUGUAUUUGCUCAAAUCUGUUUGUGGUCUAUAUUUAUUGGUCACAUUAUUGAUGAUAAUCAUUGCCAUAACUACAUCGACCAUACAUCUUCCAAGAUUACAUUCACAUCGUGAAUGUGCAUACAAUGUUCGUAUACGUGCCUGUACUUGUGUUUUAUCUCAUCAACAACAACAGCAUCUAAUCAGUAUUCAAAAUAGUAAUAAUAUUGAUGAUGAUAAUGAUGAUGAUGGUGAUGGUGAUAUUCCAUUGUCAAAUCCAUUUAGAGCAUCUUCCAAACAUUUUACCAUGGAAGAAAUUAUGAAUUGUGAUCUAAUCCAUGGUAUAAUUUAUGAUUCAUUAAGAGUGGUAUUUGCCUUGUCUUUAUUAGCCAUAGCGAUUUCAAUAUUUUCAAUGAUAACAUUGUUUCAAUUAUCGACACAUGAAAAAAGGAAAUUAUGUUUUAACAAUCAAUUGGCUAUGGCUCGUGAUCAUCAUCGCCGUCAAUAUCAACAAGCUCAACAGAUUCAUCAUUCAUCACGAUCACAUUCGCCACCGGUUAAUCAUCGAUCAUUAACGAGCGAUGACGAUUGUCUACCCACAUCUAUGACAACAACAGCAACAAUAACUGCAAAACAACAAACGUCCACAAAUCAAUUCUGCCAUCCAUCAUUACCUACAGAUUUCAAAUGUCUUUCUGCCGAUUUUUCUUCACAAGAUUUGCUUAUUGAUAAUCAUCAGAAUUCUAUCCAUCAAACAUUCAAGUCACCCACUACUAUUUCUAAUACACCUGGAGAUGAUCCAGAAUUGCUAUUAUUUUCACCGACUAGAAAAUUAGAACCACAAGAUAAAAUAUGGUCGUCAUCACAUUCGACUACAAAUUUUGCCAUUCCAGAUAUUGAACAAUAUCAAUCAUCGGAUAAAAAUGACCACCAACAAUCAUCCGGAUCAAAUCUAAGACGAUAUAUGAGCGUCAUAUUAGACACACCAUCAAAUGUACAUUCAUAUGUAUGGCGUAAAUUGAAUUCAUUGAAAAAUAUUCAAAAACAUAAUAGCACACGCGAUGAUAUGCAUACGAAAUUUUCUCAACAACAACGUAAACAUCAUCAUCUUCUUCCACCUCCUCAUAUAUCCAUACCACGAUUUUCCGUGUCACAACUGUCCAAUAUGAAAACUGAUAAUUCGAAAAAAUCACAAUCCAUCCUACAAACUGCAUCUUCAUCAUCAUCAUCAUCGUAUAGCAAUGCAUCGUCUUCCAGUUUAGGAUCAUCAAGUUUCAUCAAAAACCAAACAAUUCGUUACCAAUUGAAUACGGCCAAUAAUGUAGAAUUAUUAUUGCCAAAAGAAUCUCAAUUGAUUUUUUCACAAAAUUCUUCCGUUGAUCUAGAAUCUGGCCAUCAAUGCUUAUUCGAACCGAAUGAAAGUUUAUUUAACAAUGUCGAACAAUCACGUACUGAUUUUACUUCGAAAUAUAGUCAAUCACUACAAUCAGAUAAUUCCAUCUCAAAGAAUGAAUCAAAUGAUCAUUCAAAAUGGUCCAAAUGUUUAACCAAUUUAGCCAAUUCAUUCGAAUGUAUCGAUGAAGAUGAAGAAUUAGCUAAAGGAUUUGUACAACCACCAACGUCAACAGCACAAUCAACAACAACCCAACCAUAUAUUAGUUAUUUCAAUCCAUUUGAAUCUACAUCCAUCAUUUAUGAUCGAUCAUCAAUCAAAGAACAAUCAACACUUGAUAAUCAUCCAUCCGAUAAUGAACAUCAUCUUUUUCGAUUAAUGGAUGCGGAAAAUAAUCGACAUCAACAAAAUACACAGCCAAAUCAACAACCAAGUUUAGUGGAUGUAUUUACGUUUGCAUCAAGCGGUAACAGUACCGAAUAUCAUCAUCAAAUAUACACCACAUUCGAAGAAGCAUUUAAAAAUUAUUAUGACUCUCAGAAUCGUAUUAGUAACAAUUACAGCAAUUAUUACACUCUUCCAUUGAAUAAAACUAAUGGUCAUACAGCGAAAGAUUCUCGUCAUCGUUAUCAUCGUCAACGAAAUGGUGGACAAUCAGACCGUAUUGUUAAUGGUCGACAACACCGGAAAAAUUAUUCACCAUCAUCACAAAAUGCAAUUGGAAUGUCUAACCCUUCUGCCAAGCAAAUGGCUAAACACCAAGAAUCAUCACCAAUAGUCGUGAAUAAUCAUACAGAAUUUACGGAAGAAAUUCCAUUUCAUGUUGCUAUCAUUGAACCACCUGAAGAUUAUCAAAAUCUUUUUCCUUCUAAUAAACAACAACCAGAAGCAAGUGAAACAAAAAAACAACAGAAAGUCCAAUCACAGACGAUCGAUUCGAAUGAUUUGAUUCAAACCAAUCAAUUGUUACCACAUCCGUAUCGAUAUUGGCUCGAGCAAAUGAACCAACCGAAAUUGGAUCAAAUUUUGACCGAUGAUAAAUUAAAUAAUCCUGCAUUCAUUGGUGAUGAUGAUGAUGAUGAUGACGACGAUGAUAGUUGUGAAGAUUUAGAAAAUGGUGAUGAUGACGACGAAGACGAUGAUGAUGAUGAAGCCGAUGGUGCUGGUGACACAUCAACAUCACAAGAUAUUGCCGAUUUCGAAUUAGAAUUAGAUGAAGAGCCAAUCAAAUUCGUCAGUGAAGACGAUUUCAAGAUAUUGGUAUCGAAUCCAAGCCUAAAAAAACUUGAGGAUCUUUUUCGUUCAGUUGAUUUAGGUACCAUAAAUAGUGUUCAUCAUAAUCAAAAUGAAGAUAAGAAUCAAAAUAAUACAAUCAUCACUAGAUUGCCAAAUACAAAUCAAAUACCAAAACCGUCAGAAACAAUGAAUGUUCCUGAAACAAUCCUAGUGGAGCCAUUGCCUAUAGUAGAAACUGCUGCAGCAGUAAAAUCACCAAUUGAUUUACUUGAAAUGAAUAUGAACCUUUUGAAACGACGUGUUCAAGAACAAAUGUUAAAUAUUAAUAAUCAGAAUAAAAAUGAUUGUGGUUUUGAUGGUUUCCGUAAAGGUUGUUUUGGUGAUGGCGAUGAUAAUAAUGAUUCAUCGGAUACAUCUACUACCGGUACGGCUUCAUCAUUAUCAUCAACCUGUGGUGAUGAACAAGUUAAUCAAGAUGAAGAAAGUACCGAUGAGGAACAUUCAAUUACAGCUGAAUAUAUAAAACCGCCUACGCCUUUUACUAAUUAUUUGUUUGAAUCUUAAUAUUAGCAACAAAACAAUGACAACAACAACAACAACAACAAAAUGUUUGAAUUU